GCAUCUAAUACGCCGCGUGUAGCCAAUCAGUAGCUCGAAGUGUUUGGUGCUCAGCCAAUCAGCUUGUAGUGAGCGAGGAUUUAAACCAAAACCCUGAGUCUUGCAAGUAAACCCAGCUAUUCGCUGAUACGACUCUUUGGGUGCUUGUGCAAAGCGUGGCAGACUUUGAAAUGGCUCUUCGAGUGACGAGAAAUCGCGUUGCCUCUACCAGGACCGACCUGGGUGGAAAGGCAUGCUCCAUGAACGGGCCUGCACUGAAGCCUCGAGCUGCUCUUGGCGAAAUCGGAAACAUCGCGGUGAACAAAGAGGUUCAGAAAAAGAAUGUCAAAACCGAGGCAACAAAGAAGACUAAAGUUGUUCCCAAAAUUGAAAAGGCAGAACAACCAAAGCCCACUGUCUCAGUUAAACAAGUUCCUGAGGUGCAGUUGCCAGCUCUACCUGAACCAGCCUCUCCCACUCCAAUGGAGACCUCUGGCUGUGAGCCCGCUGACCUCUGUCAGGCGUUUUCCGACGUCAUACUCAACACGGCUAUCCGGGAUGUGGACGCAGACGACUACGACAACCCCAUGCUCUGCAGUGAAUACGUGAAGGAUAUUUACAAAUAUCUCCGUCACCUCGAGUUGGAGCAAGAUGUCAAGCCGAACUACCUGCAGGGUCAGGAGGUCACUGGAAACAUGAGGGCCAUCCUAAUCGACUGGCUGGUGCAAGUGAACCUCAAAUUUCGCCUACUGCAGGAGACUAUGUACAUGACUGUAGGAAUAAUUGACCGCUUUCUUCAGGACCACCCAGUCCCCAAGAAGCAGCUGCAGCUGGUUGGAGUGACUGCCAUGUUCCUUGCUUCCAAAUACGAGGAAAUGUAUCCUCCAGAGAUCUCGGACUUUGCCUAUGUGACGGACAGGGCCUAUACGACAGCCCAAAUCCGAGACAUGGAGAUGACCAUUCUGCGAGUGCUCAAGUUCCAGCUCGGGCGCCCCCUUCCACUGCAGUUCCUCAGAAGGGCUUCAAAGAUCUACGAGGUAACUGCUGAACAGCACACUCUAGCAAAAUACCUGCUGGAGCUCACUAUGGUUGACUACGAGAUGGUUCAUUUCCCACCUUCUAUAGUGGCCAGUGCUGCUUUGGCACUUGCACUUAAGGUCUUGGAUGCAGGCGAGUGGGAUGUAAUGCUGCAGCACUACAUGGGCUACACAGCAGAGAGUUUGAAUCCUGUUAUGGUGCACAUUGCCAAGAAUGUUGUCAAAGUGAACGAUGGGCUUACCAAGCACGUGGCCGUCAAAGGAAAAUACUCUACUUCAAAGCAGAUGAGGAUUGCCACCAUCGCUCAGCUGAAAUCUUCGUUGGUUAAGGAUUUAGCAAAACAGCUCACUCAGUGAGAUGGACAAUAUUCAGCACCAUGUGCCGAUAUGUACAAAACUAACUUAAACUUUUAACAUGGGAACUUGGUCUAAUUCAGUGGUUUGCAUGUUUAACCAACUGAUUUCUUUUAUACAAAUGGGAGUUUCUCUAAAAUCAUUUCUGGUUACUUUUAUUUCCCCACUCUAAAUUUGCAAUGUCAGUCCGAGUCUAUUGCUGACUGUAGCAAACUUUUUCUUCCCUUGUUUGCUACCUGAAAUCCUUAGUCAGAAUUUGACUAGGAUAUGUUUUAAUGGAAAUGUCUUGAUGUAUAGGAGUGGCUUUGUAAAAUGUACAGCUUUUACCUUUAUUUUAUUGUUUUAUCACUUGUAAUAAAUGGUCUUGACCAGGAAA